UGCGAUGCGGAUUGGAGGAUGUCGGGGGACUGGGAUGAAGACCUGUGUAAGAAGGCGCUGGUGUUGGUGGAGGAGCUGUGCUUCAACUCUCCGAGGGGUUACAGCCAGAGCGAACGCUGCCAGGAGUUCAGCUACCUGCUGAGGGGCCGCAACAGACAGCUGGACGCAGAGAUUUCUGUCAGCCUGCUGUCGGUCAUUGUGACGUUCUGCGGCAUCGUCCUCCUCUCCGUCUCCCUCUUCGUCUCCUGGAAGCUCUGCUGGCUGCCAUGGCGGGACAAGGAGGGCGGAGGCCUGAGCCUGACGUCGGGGUUGCUGCCCGGAAGCGCCGGCGUCGGAAGCCUCGGAGGCGCAGGGGGGUCUUCGCUCUUGCCCCCCCUGCUGCAGAGGAAGGAGGGCCACUCCUCGUCCUCGCUGUACCCCACUCUGGGCCAGCAGGGCCAGCACCACCCACACUUCUCUGACCUGGUGGGGCUGGAGAGUGGGGGGGUCGGAGGAGUUGUUGGGGGGCCGCAUGAGACCCAGGAGCACUCCUACUUGGACAUGGACUCCUAUCCCAACAACGCUGGAACUCUGAAGCUGAGUCAGACGUCUCCAGAUGUCCCCAACUCAGAGGGUGGAGCCCACCCCCAUAAAGACCUGCCCAACGCCCACUCCCAGCAGCAGGUCACCCCACGGCCCAAGCCCAUGACUCACCAGCUCUCCAGCCCUGAUUUCCACGGAGAGGAGAAGGAGCAGGUAACCAGCAUUGGGCAGAUCAAACCGGAGCUCUACAGACCCAAAGGCGACCAGGGUGAAGGCAAAGCGGGCGACAACUGCGGCAAGAUCAGCUUCCUCCUGCGCUACGCCUUCAACACGGAGCAGCUGGUGGUGAAGAUACUGAAAGCUUUGGACCUGCCAGCGAAGGACGCCAACGGCUUCUCUGACCCGUACGUGAAGAUUUACCUACUGCCAGACAGGAAGAAGAAAUUCCAGACAAAGGUCCACAGAAAGACCUUAAACCCAGUGUUCAACGAGACGUUUCAGUUUGGCGUGCCGCUGAAUGAGCUACAUUCCAGGAAGCUGCAUUUUUCUGUGUAUGACUUCGACCGCUUCUCCAGACACGACCUGAUAGGCCAGGUAGUGGUGGACAACCUGCUGGACUUCAGCGAGGGCAGCGGGGACAAACCCGUCUGGAGGGACAUCGUGGAGGGCACUGCGGAGAAGGCUGAUCUCGGGGAGCUUAAUUUCUCGCUGUGUUACCUGCCCACUGCAGGCAGGCUCACUGCUACAAUCAUCAAGGCCACCAACCUCAAAGCCAUGGACCUGACUGGUUUCUCAGACCCGUACGUGAAGGCCUCUCUGAUAUGUGACGGCCGAAGGCUAAAAAAGAGGAAGACCUCCAUUAAGAAGAACACACUGAACCCCACGUACAACGAGGCGCUGGUGUUUGACAUUCCCAAUGAAAACAUAGAAAGUGUAUCCAUCAUCAUUGCAGUGAUGGACUAUGACUGCAUUGGUCAUAAUGAGGUUAUAGGGAUGUGUCGUGUGGGCAGCGAAGCUGAAGGUCCAGGGAGGGAGCACUGGGCAGCCAUGCUGGCCAAUCCACGCAAACCAAUAGAGCACUGGCAUCAGCUUGUGGAGGAAAAAGCGAUUGGUACAUUUGUGUCGAAGCCUGCUCCAGCAUCCUCCCCGAAGCCGCACAUCGUGGUGGACAGUCCCCACUCCGAUUAAAACUGUCAUUAUCAUCUCUACAGCUCCAGACUUUCCUUUCUUUCCUCUCAUCUGUGAAUAAUUCUCUCCAUUAAAGACAGAGAGACACGGAGACACUGCUAGUGUCCAACUGCUAGUGCUGUUUUGCUCCUGCUAAUGAAUCCUUCAACUCCUGCGCUGUCUUUACCGAGGCGGGGGGCAAAAAAAAAAAUCAACUACAUCCAUCACGAGCUACACUUUGAGCAUCAGACUACACAUUUACAAACACAUGCGGACAUUAAACGGUACUGUAGGACUGAUAUCAGGUGUA